AAGAGUGAAAUAGAAUCUUAGAGAAAUUGCAUUUGGCUAGGCCAAUAUCUAGAUUCGGCGGAGAGCGGAGGGAUAAAAGCAACUGUUAAUAUUACCACCUUUUUCCAACCGUGCAGCGACGCACGACACAACAUUAAGAGUAGCAAAAUACGCGGGAAGUGCAGAUAAAUUGCCAUUAUUUUAACGCGUCUGUGUUAACAACAAUAAACAGCCUCACCAUUGAUCAAUUUCUGCAACUUCAAGAGCGGAUACGUAACUUCGAGGGCAUGCUUGGCGGCGGCAGCGGGGAGCGUUUAUGCACGCCAAGCACUUCGGCCGGUCCGUUCCGCAUCUUCUCCGUGGCCGGCUUCCAGAACCGCGCCAAUGACAUCGUCUACUGUCCGCCAAUUGUGCGGCAGCAGUCGCAGCAUGUCGAGGACUCCACGGCCAUCGUCUACUUUGGCGGCGACGUCCAGGACUUUCCGGAGAGCAUGGAAACGAACCGGGACAGUCGCGGCUACAUGAAGUACAACCUGGAGAACUCGGCGAUCCUGCUGCGCGAGGCGUUUCCCCGAUCCCACAUCAUUGUCAUCCGGCCGGUUCGCAUGGAGUUCAAGACAUUUAGCUGCUUUGACAACUUUGUGCGCGGCAACAAUGCUGGAGUCCCGGACCAUACGCCCAUGAACCAUGCGCUGCAACACUUGGAAAAACUGCUGCAGAAUCUGUCGCAACGUCUGAUCUCCAUACCAGAGAACGAGAUACUCGAUCAGGCUGCCCAGGCGGCGGCAGCCGCGGCUGCUGUGCAAGCUGCAGCUGCGGCUGCUGCUCUGACUCUGUCCAAUGCCACCACAGUCCCCUCGGACAGCAACUCGCCCUUGGCGGCCAACGACAACAGCCAGGACAUGGACAUUGACAUUCUGCAGGUUCAGGAAAAUGUCACAGUGGAUGCGGACGGGGAAGUGGUCUUCCCCAUGCUCCCCGACGAGGCGGACGAGACGGCGGACGCCGGCACAAACAAUGGGGGCGGAAACAACGGCAGCAUCGGGAACAACGAAGUCGGCCUCAACAAUCAUCAGGAGUCGAACAACCAGCAGCCGCAACAACAGCAGGAGUCGUCGCCAGUUAAAAUAGCUGCACCAGUGGCUCUGCCAGCCACCAACAACGUGGAGCACUACAACAAUUUGAACAACAGCAACAGCGAAUGUGCCACGGGACAGGGCCAGGGGCAGGCCGCACUGGGCGGACAAGCGCGGCAGACAGCGCCGGUGGCGACUGAUAGCAAUCCGUUGUGGUGGCGGGAGAACCUCAAUCUAGACAAGUCCAAGCUGGUGCUCAUUGGCUUCAGCAAGGGCUGCGUCGUGCUCAAUCAAUUCAUCUACGAGUUCCACUAUCUGAAGACCCUCACGCCCGAUGACAGCAGCAUGUGCCGACUGCUUUCUCGCAUAACGGACAUGUACUGGCUGGACGGUGGCCACGGGGGCCAGAAGAACACAUGGAUCACGUCCCGGAGUCUCCUGGAGACACUCACACGCAUGGGCAUGAACAUACACGUCCACCUCACACCCUACCAGGUGCAGGAUGACCGCAGACCCUGGAUACGGAAGGAGGAGAAGCUCUUCACAGAGAUGCUGAGGCGCUUGAGUGCGCCGAUCACGAGGCACUUGCACUACGACAACCAGCCGGCGAACCUAAUGACCCAUUUCGAGGUUCUACAGGCCUUCUGCCAACACGUCCAUGCCCUGAACCAGCAGCAACUUCAGCAGCAGCAACAGCAGCAGCAGCAGGGAGUCACCGAUCAGUCUGCAGUGGCGGUGGCGGCGGCGGCGGCAGCGGCAGCAGCUGCAGUGGCAACGGUAGCGACCAACAAUGGCAGCAACAAUCUUCUGGAUGCCAGCGAAGAGGCAAAGUGACAGCUUCAACUGCAUCCACAUCAUCACAGGCGUCGCUUGCAUGCAAUGAGGAAGGGGACCGCUGCUCUGAAGCGCAAGCAGGUGCAGCAGCUGCGACGGCACCACCAGCAGCUGCUGGCCGCAGACCUGUCCCUGUCGUCGUCUUCGUCGCGCUUGGCGGCGGCCCUGAUUUCAUCGGCGGUGGCCCUCAGCGCCGCAUCUACGUCGUCAGCCGCUUCAGCAGCAGCGGCAAAUGUAAAUAAUCAUCAUCAUAGCCAUACGCAACCGCAGCUACUGCCGCCAGGACAAGUGCUGCCACGCCAUCAUCAUCAUCAUCAUCAUCACCACCACCAGCAUAUGCAUCUACAGCAGCCGCAGCAGCAGCAACAUCCACAGCAGUCACAAGAACAACAGCAGUCGCAGUCGCACUCCCACAGACAUCACCAUCACCACAACCAUCAUCAGUGUCGCUCGAAACGCAAACUACAAAAAUUGUAUUAUACGCUUUGCCGUUAGAUUCGUACACCCCCUCCCCUUAUUUUUAAUUAACUUUAUAUAUGUAUACUUGUAUGAGAGAAUGUUUCUUAGAACCUUACCUUAAGUCGAAGCAUCCAAGACCAUCCCCAGCCCCAGCCCCAGCCCCGUCGCCAGCCCUCUACUUCUACUCGUACUCUAGUACUUCGCAUCCAUGUGUAUCGUGCGCGUCGCGUCUAUCUAUUUAAGUUUCAAAGUCAUGUCGAAAGAUGCGUAUCUCUAUGUUGUAUAUUUAUUUAUUCCAAUUUUUUUUCCCGCUCAUAUCUCAUUUGCGUAAUUGGCCCAAAAAACUGAAGCAAAAAUCUCAUCAGUGCAAUACCAUAUACAAACACCUAAAUAUAUAUAUAUAUAUAUAUGUGUCUAUAUAUAUAUAAUACGAGUAUAUAUAUAUAUGUAUGUAUCGAAUUUUUCACCACUUUAUGUAUACAAACACUCCAAGCUAUUUAUUGAUAAUUGAGAAAGAUUUGUGAUUUGCGCACAUUAAUUAACUUCAUCCAGCCUAAAUCGUAAGUGUAGCAAUCAAGCAAUCUUCGUUUUAAGUACCCUCUCCUCUCCCAAGGAAUUUACGUAUUCGAUAUCUUCCGGCACAGUCGCCGCAUACGCUAUAUUCAGUGUAGAUCCCCCCACCCCAAACUACACUCCACCUUCCCCGAAACACCACAACAAGCAAACCCUCUGAUUAAGUAUUACUUAGAGUUUAGUAAUGAUAUCUCUUAAGUUGCAACCAAGAUGAAGAUGUACUUUAUAAUGUAGGACGAACCUCAGUAGCUUCAAUCAGUUGUGCGGCUAGCCCCAGAUCUAGAUCCAUUCGUGGAGCAAUAUUAAGUCGUCUGAUCGUCUGAUUAGAGAGACAGCAAGCAAUCGUCAAUCUCCUUGAUAUUUGUAUUGUGUACUAGUAGUGUAUAUUCUGGUUGUGCUGCGCAGUAGGAAGUACUACUCAAUGCGAAUAAGAUUAACAUUUGUCAAGCCAUAGUGUGGCGCGCGUUCCUUAUACUAUAGUGCAUGGAAACAUGUGGGAUCUUACCGCUUUCGCUUAGCCCAGAGACAAGAGAUGACAGAGUGGCCCGUCAUGAUCCCAUCUUGGGGCCCAUUUUAAAGAGAAAUCAAGUUAAAUUAUAUAGUGCAUAGAAGGGAGAGUACCACCGUACCCCAGGCCCCGUACAUACACAACACAAAAUUUCGUACCUUGGUAGAAUUUGCAGUUCAAAAUUGCUUUAGAGUUUGUCAGUGUAAAGUAAAUUGUACGGCUUAAAAUUCACACACGCAAACAUGGACAAUUUAGGCAAGAAUAUACAUACAAGAUACUACAUACAUAUAGUAACAAAAAACAAAACAAAACAGUCAUACAAUACACCUGCACUGCAAAUACAGAGGCAGAUGCAGUUGCAGUUGCAGAUGCACAACGUGUAUGUGUUUAUACCCUACUAUUAUGAACAUUAUAAAUGGAAAAGCUGCGAAGUAAACGUGCUAAGGUAAAUGGAAGUGAAGUCCACUUCCCAAUGAUACGAUUAAUAGAGUUCCCUCAUGUAAAUUCUACUGAUCCAUGCGAGUCUGGUAAUAAAAUGAAUAAGCAUAUACGAAUACAUUUA